UAAAUAAAUAAAUAAAUAAAUAAAUAAAUAAAUAAAUAAAUAAAUAAAUAAAUAAAUAAAUAAAUAAAUAAAUAAAUAAAUAAAUAAAUAAAUAAAUAAAUAAAUAAAUAAAUAAAUAAAUAAAUAAAUAAAUAAAUAAAUAAAUAGAGGGUGAGCAAAGUAGUUUUGUUUUCUAAAUUCCAAGGACGGCUGUAAACAUGGAAGCUGAACUGAACUUUUUCUGAGCCCAAUCGAGGCUUAACAAGCUUAAUAAUUAAAAGGAAAAACUAUCAAAUAAGCCCCUGUAUUAUGCCGAAAAAAUCAAUUAGGCCCUCGUACUUUACAAACACUCAAUGAAGUCCUCGAACUAUUAAAAAACGUUCAAUUAAGCCCUUUCGGUCAGUAAGUAACCGGUUUCCCGGUUAAACGGUGACGACGGCGACGAUGUGCUCGAACCCCAGCAACGGCGGCCGUCGGGAAACAAGUUACAUUUAAUCGGGAAACUGGUUACUUACCGACCGAAAGGGCUUAAUUGAACGUUUUUUAAUAGUUCGAGGGCUUAAUUGAUUGUUUAAAAAAAUGAGGGCCUAAUCGACUUUUUCGGUAUAGUAUGAGGGCUUAUUUGAUAGUUUUCCCUAAUUAAAAAUACCGAGUUCAAUCUAGCGAAGUCUUCAAUUUAUUUUUAAAAUUUUAUAAUAUGCAUAUUGAGGUUUAUUAUCGAGUUAUAAGAUUUUUUUGUUGUUAUUAUGAGAUAUUUAGGUGUAGAAAAUUUGGAUCUCAUUGAAUGUGCUAAAAAAAUUUAGGACCUGUUUACUAACAGAGAUAUUUUCCAGUUUUCCAGAAAACUGGAAAACAGGAAACGUGUUUACCAAAGAAAUUGCUGGAAAACUGGAGAAAGGGAAAAAGAAAAACGCAUUUACCAAAUCGUUUUCCAAAACGGAAAAAAUGAGACAUGUCUCUCUUUUCCUUAAUGAUUUGGAAAACGCAGAUGCUACAGUGCCGCUGCAAUGAAUUUGCAUACUUACACCUAGUGGUGGGUCCGGUCUCGCUCCGAUGUCGAUUUCAUUCCAGUACCUUCAUCCUUGUACCUUACCCCUACCCUACCCUACCAUACUCACCCAACCCCACCCCGCGUACCCAUUUUUCAUUAUAAUGACCCUACCCCACCCCACUACCACAUGUCCCUACCUCGGCCCCACCCCAAUCCACCUUACCGCCACCCCCCUACCACCUCGACCCCCACCUGACCCACCCUACCCUACUCCCACCUGUAUAUUACCCCUUACCCCUUACCACAUGCCCCCUACCUCGGCCCCACCCCACCGCCUCACCCUUCUGCCAUCUUACCCCCACCGCCUCACCCUUCCGCCAUCCUACCCCCACCACCAUCCUACCCCCACCCUACCCUUCCCCUACCUUGGCCCCACCCAGUUCCCGCCCAGGCCCACCCUACCGCCAUCCUAUCCCAACUCCCUACCCAACCCCUACCUUACCCCAACCCCAACCCUACCCACUACCCCCACCCUAAUCGCCAUCCUACCCCCCACCCUACCCCUUCCCUACCUCGGCCCCACCCUGGUCCCGGCCCCACCUUACCGCCAUCCUAUCCCAACUACCUACCCUACCCCUACCUUACCCCAACCCUACCCACUACCCCACCCUUACCCCUAACCCACCCAUUACCCCCACCCAACCCCCUAACCCUAGACCUUACCACCCCACCCCGACCAUACCCCUUACGCCACCCCCCACCCAUAACUUCCCUACCCCGACCCCUACGAGUUUGUAUGGGUGGGUAUGAAGGGUUGUGGGGGAGUAUGGGUAGAGUGUAAGAUCGUGGUAAGGGUAGGGGUAGAGGUCAAGGGUGUGAAAUUGGAUAACUGGGUGAAAAAAAUGAUGAACAUGUUUUCAUAUUUGAAAAUGGAAAACUAAAAAAUAGAAAAAUAUUAUCUCCAAUAGAAACGAAAAAUUGGAGAUAGAAAAACUGAAAAAUAAAGACUAGAAAACUGGAGAACGAAAAACAGAAGUAGAAAACAGGAAAAUAUCUCUGUCACUCCACAUAUGAUGUUUGUGCUUGAUUUUCAAGGUAAGAAGAGUAGAUGAGUUAAGAUACGAGUGGAACCAAACAUAAAGUGGUGGAGGCUCGAGGGGUCUCCAACAAAGUUAUACACACAAAAUGUUGGAGGAGAUGUAUUGUGUAUUGAUAAUGAUGCACAUGUGGAUGAUAUGAGGUUACCAAUGCAGUUGACAAUUAACAAAGCGACCAAGGAGGUAUUCGGAGAAUUUAGAAAAUGUCUUCCAUAAAAAAAGGACAUGUCUUGAUGGAAUGACCAAAAGGGAGUUGCAUGUAAACAAACGGAAAUGCUACAAGAAGUGGGCCAAAGUUGGAAUGAUGAGAACAUAGAGGAGUACAAGGAGGUUUAAAGAAAAGCAAAGAAAGCUGUAAAUGAAGCAACAUGGAAAGUGAACAACGAAUUGCAUGUAAAUUUGGACUCCAAGGAAGGAGUGAAGGGUAUUUGCAAACUUGGUCGCCUUCGUGAUCUCACAUGACUCAAAAUAUCAAAAAAGUUAAGUGUGUAAAUGAUGUCGAUCAAAGUGUACUAAUGGAGGACAAGGAAAUAAAAGAGAGGUUGAAGUCAUAAUUUGAUACCUUGUUCAAUGGGAAUAAAGUGUAAGGUACUAAUGAUCUUACUAUACCAGAUUGUAUGAUAAAUCGGGAUUUUGUGAGAAUGAUCCAAAUGACAGAAGUUAAAGAGGCUCUAAGAAAGAUGUGAUGGAACAAAGCAGUGACACGUUUGAGAGAAACCGAGAAACAUGCAUCGAGCGGGUAACACGUUUCUUCAACAUGAUUUGGAGAAACAACAAUAAAGUGAGUGAUGUACAAGAAUGUGUCAACUAUCAAGGGAUUAAGCUUAUGAGUCACACCUUGAAACUUUAGGAACGAAUGGUUGAACAAAGAUUCUGAAAAAGUGUGAAAAUUUCGGAGAAUCGUUUUGGUUUUAUGCCUGAACGCUCAACAACGUAAUUGAGGUCAUUCACCUUCUUAGACAAGUUGAAUAGAAGUAUAGAGAUGCUAACAAAGAUCUGUAUGUGGUGUUCAUUGACUUAGAAAAGACAUAUGAUAUGGUAUCUCAAGAAGUCUUUUGUGGGCCUUAACUAGAAAAGGCACAUCAUGUAAGUAUAUCAGUAUCAUCAUGGAUAUGUAUGAGGCUUGUACAAGUGUUCGUACUAGUGCAGGGAGAACUGCAAAGUUUCCUAUCACUAUAAGAGUGCACCAAGGAUGCGCUCCGAGUCCUUUCUUAUUUGAUAUAGUCAUGGAUGGACUUACGAAAUCAAUUCAAUGACAUACUAAACAUGCAACACCCUUCUUUAUCCAUCUUAUCCUAUAAUUAUGAGUAUUCGACAAAUCAUCCUGCACUUAUCACUCUACCAAGAUCAUAUUUACAAGAAUAAUAGUGAUUUAAUCAUCACUUGGGGCUUAACUUGCCAUCUGGGUGACACAUUCAUGCUAAGAAAGGUCACAACAUCCAAGCCUAAGUCUAAAAAAAUUUAGGAGUCGACUAACAUGAAUUGAUACAUAAUAUAAAAAAGAUAAGCUAUGAUAAAAAAGGUAAUAUAAAUAGAGAUAGGAUAUAAAUAAAAAUGAUAGAAUAAAAAGGAUAAGGAGAACACACACACGUUAAGUGAGGAUUACAUGUUCCAUAUGAGUUAAGUGACAGAUGUGAUCCUUUGAAUUGAUGAAAAUCUCAUUUCAUCAGAAAUUGCAUCCCGAGACUCAAUCACGGUGUAGUUAACCGCUACCGCGUCGUUGAGUUGUAUUACAUAAAAUCUAUAAGCCUUGGAAUUUUCAGCAUAUCCUAUGAAUAUUCAAUCAAUUCCCAUUUCCCCCAAAGUUUUCCUUUCGGGCUCGAGCAAUUUUACAACCGCCCGACAACCCCAAACCGAAAAUAUUUCAAAUUUGGUGCCUUUUUGUACCAAAGCUCAUAUGGGGUUGUCUUGUUCCUUUUAUUUGGAACCCUAUUUAAAACAUAGCAGAUCGUGAUCAUGGCCUCUCCCCAAAACCCUUCAAUCAAACCCAAGUAAGAAAGCAUGGAGUUAACCAUUUCCUUUAAAAUUCGAUUUCUCCGUUCGGCCACACCAUUUUGUUGUGGUGUAUACGGAGCCGUGGUCUCGUGAAUGAUUCCAACAGAUUGAAAAUGAUGAGAAUCCAUAUAUUCUCCUCCCCGAUCAGUUCUAAGAUAUCUAAUUGGAUUGUCCAAUUGCAAUUCAACCUCAAUUUUGUAUGCUUUAAAUUUCUCUAAAGCUUCAUCCUUAGUGUGUAAUAAAUACACAUAACAAAACCGAAUUGAAUCAUCAAUAAAAGUAACAACAUACUUAUUGCCAAAGGGAAAGAGUCGAGUGAAAAUUACAUAGAUCACUAUGCAUAAGAUCUAAAAUAGCCGAAUUCCUUUCAAUAUUAAGAAACGGUUGUUUUGUGAUCUUAGUAAGCAUGCAAGUCCUACAUUUAUCAUUACUAAUAUCAAAAACUGGAAUUAAACCAUCUUUUGACAUUUCAUGCAUUUUUCUAAAAUUAAAGUGAGCUAAUCUAGCAUGCCAAAUCAUACAAUCAUUCAUGAGAGAUGCCACAAAAACAAAAUUAUCACUAGAAAUUAAUUUAUUCACAACAUUCAAACGAAACAUGCGAUUUGAUAAUAUCCAAAACCAACAAACACACCAUGCUUGGACAGAAUAUAUUUAUCGGAUUCAAUCACUUGUUUGAACCCUAAAUUUUUCAACAUACUUCCCGAAACAAGAUUCUUUCGAACCUUCGGUACAUACAAAACAUCAAAUAACGUACUACCUCCGUCCCAUUUAUAUUGGGACGGAAGAGGGUGACACAGUUAUUAAGACAAGUGAGUUUGUGUGGUUGAUAUUAAUUGAUAAAGUAAGAAUAAAGUAAGAAUGAUUUAGAGCCACACAAACUUUGCUAAAUAUGGUAUGAGACAAUUUAAGUGGGACUUUCCGAAAAGGUAAAACGGGACAAUAGAAAUGGGACGGAGGGAGUAAUUGUUUUUCCAUAAGUAAAUUCUAAAACAACAACACCCUUUAAUUUCCCAAGAUUGGUGCCAUUGACUCGUCUCCCAUGUGUAAGAAAGAACUGAAUUCUACUAGUUCUAGGUCUUCAACCCAUCCUUUAUCCUUACACACAUGGCUCAUAGCCCCCGAGUCAAUCCACCAUGCACAAUCAUCAUCCUGUACAUAAAAAGAUUCCGGAAUAGGAGUGAAAGUUGAGAGCUAAUCUCUCAAGGAAUUUGGCCACCAACGGUCAUCUUCCUCUCUUUCACGCCGAUUACCACCGACCGCCACCACUCCAUCACCGCCUACCGGAGCUAAGAUAUCUCCUCUAUUACUCUUUCAUCUUCUGGACGGGUAAUAAUUUGGAUAUCCUACCUCCCUCCCCUCCCCAUCGCCUAAAGUCGUGCUUGUCACUAUUCAUACGAGUAAUUUUGGAGAGCAGUCUUCCUUGGAGGAGUUGUCUUUUGAAAGAAGGAAGAUUUACAAAUCUCAAAGACUUGGAGGAGGACUACGUAGUAUAAUGGGGGGUCGCCUCACCUAGGCGUACCUCUGCAUAUAUCUUUCUUCCUCGUCUGAGAUAUUUUGGGGAAAAGUUACUAUUCACCAUCCCUACCAAUGGGGAAGACGGGUACAAGAACCGGGAAGCUAAAGGAGACUCCUAAAGCUACAAAAACUUCAGUAAGGCUCAGAAAUAGGGACCUUGCUAAAGGUCUGGAGAUGACUAUGGAUGAUACCACUAUUGACAAGGAUGAGGUCUUGUCUAGCCAAGGGGAUACAGAUUAUCAACCUUCGGUUGAGGCCUCUUCAACCCAAGGCAAUGAGGAGGAGCUCACAUCUAUGGGAAGUGAACACAUAAAUGAUGACAAGGUACCUAGAAUCGAAGACCAUGACAAAGGCAGGGGAUCAAAGACCCAAUUUGUAGAAGAGGAAGGAAAAAAACCAGCUGGUGCACAGUUGGUAGAAAUGAAGGCAAAUGAUGAACCUCUUGUGGAAACUGAAGGAGAGGAGGAGAAUACACCUUUUGUUGAACCCAUAACUUCUUUGAAAAAUGAUAUACCUAUUGUACCUGAGACAUCCUCUUCUGAUAAGCCUAUAGAUGAAGUCACCAACAAGCCUGAGGCAAAACAGAAGGAUAAACCAAUUGUGCCCGAGACAUCCUCUUCUGAUGCAUUGGAGGUAAUCCCAAAGAUUAAGCCGUGGACUGCUCCAUGGGCUUCUCUAUUCAAGGACAAUAGGGAACCAUCUAAAGGCAUGAAGUUGAGGUAUAUUGAACCGGUUGGGGACUACAUUGAUCUUUCAAAUAGGAUAAUGCCAUCUAUAAUAGACCUAUGGGGCUUCUGCUUGGUGGGCUAUUUUGCGGGAAGAUUCCCCGGGAUGAAACCCAUCCAAGAACUGGUUGCAAAGUGGGGUGUUCAAUGCCAUAUUAGGCAACACGAUCAAGGAUGGGUUAUAUUUAGAUUUAAAAGCGAGGAAGCUAGAUCAAAAGUGCUAAUGGAGGGACCUUACUCACUCUUUGGAAAGUCUCUUUAUUUGAAAACACUUUCGGAGGACUUCUCUUUCAAUAGUGAGGAGUUUUUGAAAGUACCUAUUUGGGUGAAGUUUCCAUAUCUACCAAUGCAAGUGUGGGAUGAGGAGAUAAUUAGUGAGAUUGCUUCUAGGGUGGGAGUCCCUCUUACCACUGAUAGAAUUACACAAGAAAAGGCAAGAUCUAACUUUGCUAGAGUACUAAUUGAGGUGGAUGCUUCUAAGCCUCCUCCCCUACGGAUGAAGGUCAAAAUGCCCAAUGGGAAAUUUCAUAUACAAAAAAUGAUAUAUGAAACUUACCCAAACUAUUGUUUCCAAUGUAAGACCUAUGGACACCAUUGCUUCACUUGCAAGGUCAUAGCCGACAUGGAACAAAGGGAAAGAGAGGCUAGAAAGAAGGCAAUGGAGGAAGGUGAACCUCAACCUAAGCUACCUAGGGAUGACACAGUUAAGGAAAUCACUCAAGCUGCGGUUUUGGAGGGCAGGGGACCCGAGACUACAGUGAAGGAGGAUGCAGUUUUACAAGAGGAUGCCACUGCUUUGAGAAGGAAUGCUGAGGCUUUAAAAGGGGUGGGUCAUGGAGUGAAAUCAGAUGUUGCAGCCACUAGGACUAAAACAAAAAAUAGGGAAACUCACCCUUUCCUAAAGGUGACUAGAUUCAGGAAGAAGUGUCGAACACAAAGCAAGGUAAGGAUACCGAAACAAGUGCAACCUAAACAUGAAGAGGAAGAAGACCAACCAAGGAGGAUAAGGUCUUUUAAAGAUUUCUUUGAUGAUGAGGCAAUAGUUAGCAUGGAAACGGAUGAAGUGCUUACACCUACAAUCAAAGUCAUGCAUCUUGAUGAUAUAACCGAGCCUACCAUUAGGCUUAACCACCACUUGAGGGCUGUAAAUCAUAAUGCUCCUGGAAUAUGGUUUACAACUACAUGUUUGGAAGGCCUGCCGGGUGUUAAAAAGGAAAAUGAACAAUAUGUGUUCUCGGAUGUGUUUAUGAAACAUGUCUAUAGACACUACCUAAUGAGAUACUAUGAGGAUGGGCAUCCUAUGGGGAAUGGAAGUAAGGUAUUGGACCCAAGAAAGAUUAACAAAAAAGCAACCCGAGUGGUAGAUGAUAUAAGAGAGGCAUACCUUGAUGAUGUUAUUACAAAGGUGGAAUUUGAGGAGAAUGGAGACUACAAACUUCAAUUGGUGCAUGGGGAAGAAGUCGAGGUGGAAAUGACAAGGCUGGACAAUUACCUUGCCAUUGAGCCGAACUUUAAGAAGAUGGGAAUCACAUUCACAUCAUCUUGCUUGGACUCUCUUCCCGGAGCAACUAAGACGGAUGAGGGGUAUGACUUCUCUUCUCUCUUUAUGUAUAAGGUGUAUCCUCUUUUUCUUGAUAGGUACCAAGGCUGUGACACAUACCGACAGUGGAUCCAAAACCAAAGGGAAAGAAACAGUGCACCAAAGAGGAGGGGGGGAAGGAAAAAACAUUUUUAAUGUUUAUAGCCUCUUGGAACGUGAGGGGGCUUAAUCAAGCCUCGAAACAAAACACAAUAGUUAAUUUUGUACGAGUUAAUAAGGUACGCAUAUUUUGCCUCCUUGAAACUAAAAUGUCUACUACUACAUUUGAAAAUUUCAUAAACGUUAGAUUUAAUUCCUGGAUGUCUAUUACCAACUUUGAUAAAAUUAAUGGGGGUAGGAUGGCUAUUAUUUGGGAUCCUUGUUUUGUUGAUGGGACUGUUCUGCAGGUUCAUAAGCAACAUGUGCAUGCUAGGUUUAGGUGUAAUACUACGCAAAUAACUUUCUAUGCCACUUUUGUUUAUGCAUUGUACACGGUUGUCCAAAGAAGAGAGCUUUGGGAGCAUAUCUCUCUACUUGGGACUAACAUUUUGGGGCCAUGGGUUAUACUUGGGGACUUCAACUGUGUUGGCUCUCCAAGUGAGAGGAGUGGGUCAGCCCCCCCCCCCCCCUCGGGCUAUGCCAUGAAAGACCUUAAUGAUAUGAAAAUCCAAACAAAUCUUGAUGAUGCACCCUCAACUGGGGAACUCUUUACUUGGCAUAGGGGUGCAAUUUGGGCUAAAUUGGACAGGGUGCUAGUAAAUUCUUUUUGGUCUACACAAAAUGUAACAUGUAGAGCUCAUUUCUUUGAUAUGGAGUGUGAGUUUGAUCAUGUUGCAUCUCUUGUGACUAUAGGGGCCGAAAAUAGAGAGGGUACAAAGCCUUUUAAGUUUUUCAAUAUGUGGCUAAAACAUGAACAAUUUGAUGGAAUUUUGAAGAGUGUUUGGGGUAGGAAUGUUGCUGGGACGGCUCAGUUUAGACUAGCUCGAAAACUUAAGCUACUCAAGCAACCCCUUAAACAACUCAAUAAAAAUGAAUUCAGUCACAUAACGGCUAGGGCAAAGGAAGCAAAGAAGGAAUAUAAGAGAAUCUAUCAAUUAGCUCUCUUAUCUCCUCAAGAUGAUGUCCUUAAAAAUGAGUUGUCUGGUGCGAAAAGGAGGGCCUUAUUUUUUAAAGAAGCGGAGGAAGCUUAUCUUAAACAGAAAGCUAAGGUUGUACAUCUCAUUCAAGCUGAUAGAGGUACUAGAUACUUUCAUUCCAUUGUAAAGAAGAAACAAACCCAAAAUACUAUUGCUUCCAUAAAAUUGGAAGAUGGAAGUCUUACCAAUUCUUUGGACCAAGUAGCUACUGAGUUUGUAUCUUUCUUCAAAGGAUUAUUUGGCACCUCGGUUGCGUCUCAAAAUUUUGACCCGGAAGUAAUGGCCUCGGGUAAAACCAUUGAUACCAUGCUUGCCGCUAACCUUAUCAGUCCUAUUACUGAUUUGGAAAUUAGGCAAGCUUUGUUUGAUAUUGGUAGUGACAAAGCACCGGGACCCGAUGGAUACUCAUCUGCUUUUUUCAAAGCUAAUUGGAAUAUUGUGGGUGAGGGUGUAUGUGAGGCAGUUAAGGAGUUCUUUCUAUCUGGAACUUUGCUUAGGCAGGUUAACCACACAGUGGUGGCCCUUAUUCCAAAAACAAAGCACUCCCCUACUGUCUCUGAUUUUAGGCCAAUAUCUUGUACAAAUGUGACGUAUAAGAUUAUUACUAAGAUCCUUGCAUCUAGGCUUGGUCCUUGUCUCUCAGGUAUUAUCAACCCUGCACAGGGAGCUUUUGUGGAUGGAAGAUUGAUGUCUGACAACAUCUUCCUUGCACAAGAGUUAGUGAGGGGAUAUGCUAGGAAAAGGGUCACCCCUAGGUGUAUGAUCAAAAUUGAUCUUAGAAAGGCUUAUGAUACUGUCUCUUGGGAUUUUUUGGAUAGAGUACUUAGACACAUUGGUUUACCAGAUUUAUUUGUCAAAUGGAUUAUGGAAUGCGUCACGACUUCUUCUUUCUCUAUAUCCAUAAAUGGGGUUCUCCAUGGAUGGUUUGAGGGAAAGAGGGGGCUUAGGCAAGGAGAUCCUAUGUCUCCCAUGUUAUUUGUUAUAUGUUUAGAGUAUUUUUCACGGAUGUUGGACAUUAGGACCUCUGUUCCUACUUUUUGCCACCACCCUUUAUGCUCUAAACAAAAGAUUUCACACUUGGCGUAUGCUGAUGAUUUGAUGUUAUUUUCCAAAGGUAACUACGCCUCUAUUAAGAUAUUGGUGGAAGCUCUAAAUGACUAUGGCCUGGUCUCGGGACUUACGGUCAAUCAUGAUAAAUCCAAUAUCUUUUUAGGGGGAAAUGUAGCUAACCAACUUGCUUAUAUACUCCAGAUGGUUGACUUUCAACAAGGAUCCUUUCCUGUAAAGUAUUUGGGUAUUCCACUUGCACCUUUAAAGAUAUCUGUAGCACAAUUUGCUCCUCUGCUUGACACGGUUACAGAUUAUAUAAAUGCGUGGAACACAAAGACCCUAUCCUAUGCAGGUAGAGUGGAGUUGAUUAGGUCAGUUAUGCAGGGUGUCCAGUCCUUCUGGCUUGGUAUUUUUCCGGCUCCUAAAGCUAUACUGGACCGAAUUACUGGCAUAUGUCGUAUUUUUCUUUGGGGUGGGAAACAUACUAAAGUUGCAUGGGAUGAUGUAUGUUUACCUAUAGAUGAGGGGGGGUUGGGCUUAAAAAAUACCAAGGUGUGGAAUAAUGCUCUCCUAUCCCGAACCCUUUGGAACAUUCAUUCCAAAAAAGACUCUCUUUGGGUUAAAUGGGUUAAUGGAGUGUAUCUCCAUGGGAGAGAUGUGUGGACAUUUGUUCCACACAAUAGGGACUCUCUGUUGAUGAAAAGGUUUGCUUUGAUCCGAGAUCUGAUUGUCUCCAAAUUCUCCUCUAUCAAUGAGGCUUUAGUUUAUCUCGGCAAGAUAACUAUUGAUGGGAGACUAUCAUCGUCUAAGGUAUAUGACCUACUUAGGAUAAAGGGAACUCCGCACCCUUGGAUGUCUUUCAUAUGGAAGUCAUAUAUACCUCCCAAAUUCUCUUUCAUUGCUUGGCUAGCUUUUCGUAACAGGCUGGCCACUUAUGAUAACUUGGAAUAUCUUGACGUGAUUAACGUUUGUCCUUUUUGCAAGGGUGAACCGGAAACGGUGUCACACCUAUACUUUGAAUGUAUUAUUACAGGACAGGUUUGGACAAGGAUAAAGGCAUGGCUUGGAAUCACAAGGCAAAUGACAACGUUGCGGAGCGCGGUAAAGUGGAUAAAGAAGGAGCAUAAUGGCGCACAUAUUAAAGCUAAAGCCGUGAGGAUAACUUUUUGCUUCACUAUAUAUUGGAUGUGGAGAACAAGGAACUCUAUAUGUUUUGAGGCGGCGAAGGUCAAGGUGGAAGAUAUUAUACACCAUAUAAAGUAUAUGGUCUAUAAAGUACUGUUUUCCAUAUAUCCGUACCACAUGAUAACAUUUUGAUUUUUGCUGAUUCGUCACCAAUUUUUUGUGAUGGCUAGCAUGUACAUGUAGCUAGUUGGUUUUUGUGGGGUGACAAGGCAUCCAAUUCGGAUGACCGGUAGGGAUUUUGUUAUUGCACAGUUCUACAUAAACACUUUGGAUA